GUUGAUGAACCGCGCCAGCUCCGACUCCGCGCGAAGGACUGAAGCGGUUGUCCCUAUAGUAGUGAAGGUGCUUCCGUCUGAGGGCGAAUUCAUCUCCGUUAUCUGGAAAUGCCCUUUAUUGGAAAUGUUGAAACUCGCCAAGGGAGGCCUCGAACUCGAAGAUUGGGAGGGCAUCGCUGAGAUGCGACGCCGAACGCAUCAAUUGACCUUCAUCGAUUGAACUCAUUAUGUCUUUCCACGCUGUCGUGCAAUAAGAUGGUGUUGAGUCUCCACCUCGUUAAUAGCCCAAACCUGAAAAGUCUGUGGAUACAUAUGCCCACGGCAAGCAGGAACUGGGAGAGUGACGACUCGGACGAGCAAGGUCUCCAUGUGCUAAAAAGCAUUGCGGCAUUCGUCGACCGCACUUCUGAGAUAUCCUCUUUACGCACCCUACAUAGAAGACGCAAGGUUACGAACCUGCACUUAACGGAGGUGUUAAGGGCAGUCCCCAAUCUUCACACUCUUGAGCUUUUUGACAUUACAGUCGGAGAUGAUGUUUUGAAAUCGCCUUCCACCAACUCCAUCUGCAAUAUCAAACCCCCAUUCCGGGGCACACUCGGUGCCUACAUCAAUAUCCGGUAUCGUCAGCAGGCAUAUCCCGCCCGCUUCGGUCUUUCCUCUCCCAACAUCGUUUGCGCAGUUGCACCCGAAGAUUUGUCCAUCACUCCAAGUUCUCAAGCUUGUGCGGACUACGAAAGCUUUGGGGAAAUUGCUAGCGAUCCAAAAAAAGGGAGGUUCCCAUUAACAUUGGAAUUAGGUCUGCCACCUGUGAUCAGCCCCAAAGAGGAAUUUAAAGCACUAGAGCCGUUCUGCCGUUCCUCAGUUAUACGAGAACGGUGCUGCGGCUUGAGACGGAAAUUUCGAUGGCGUCAAAUUUAA